AUGCAGCCCUUCCAUCUCACCGCCACUGGCUAUAAUCUCAAUUAUCUACCAGAAUACAUCGCUCUACGACAUGGCUUCUUUCGAGAACAGGGACUGGAUGUAACCGUUAAUAUUCCUACACCCUGGGAUGGUGUGCUUAAUGCGCUCGCCGAUGGCUCCGCGGUGAUGUGCCUUGGUGGAAUCUGGGUGCCAUCAAUGUACCGCAAAAGGGUACAGGAUUACACUGUAUUCGCGCAGAUUGCGAAUAGGUCGCCUCUCGCCUUGAUUAGACGCACCGGUGACAAAAGUUUUAAGCUGGCUGACGUGGCUGGACGUACUGUCCUGAUGAAAUCGGGUGGCGGGGCUAGUGUCGGCCUGUUCUUCAAGAUGCUGCUGCAUGAGAACGGGAUCGAUGCGAGAUCGGUUGACUACAUCCAAGACCUAGACGGCGUGAUGCUGGGCGACUUGUUUCAAGGGGGCAUGGGUGACUAUUUUGUCACAGACAAUCUCUCUGCCCAGGCCAUGGUUGCCUCCAAUGCUGAAGUGACUAUUGCCAUGCAGAUGGUUACACAAGGCGACGUCCCCUGGAGCGUUUAUUACCGGGAAACUGCAACGAUUACCUCGGAGAUUCUCGAUGCACAAAAGAGGUUUUGUAUUGGACUUCAAAAGGGCAUAGACUGGGUCCUCCAGCACGAGGCAGAAUCCUUUCAGGACGAGCUCGCUGAGCUCUUUCCCAAAAUUCCGAUCGACGUCGUUGUGACUGUCACUAACGACUUCCGCCGAAAUGGCAUGUGGACAACCACUUCUGUGCCUCGUGAGGGUUAUGACCGCUGGCAGCUUGGGCUGCGUGAUGCGCGACUGAUUACGGAGCCAAUCCUUUAUGAGGACCUUGUCGACAAUGCUCCCUCGGCCGCUGCAUUUGCGAUAGCGAAAUCUCAAUGUCGACAAUAA